CCAACCACGAAAUUAUUUUGGGAAACCGAAAAAUAAACUAGCGGAAAGGCGAAGACUCGAGAAGGAAUGGGAAAGGGCAAGGUGCAUCCCUCGCCGUCGCCGGCGGCAGCGGCGGUUGGGGGAGGUGGAGGAGGGGAGAUGACGGCGGCGGCGGUGCUGAUGCGGCUGCUGCCCGCGGCGGUGCUGGCCGCGGUGGCACCGCUCGGGGCGGAGGGGAAGGAGGUGCUGGCGUACUUGGUGCUCGCGUCGCUGCGGUCCUCGGCGCCGCAGACGCCGGCGGAUGAGGCGAGGGCGCACGGGCCGGAGCUCGCGUGCGGGUGCUUCGGGUGCUACACGGCGUACUGGUCGCGCUGGGACGGGUCCCCCGAGUGCGACCGCGACGCCAUCCACCGCGCCAUCGAGGCGUUCGAGGAGCACCUGGCCAGGAAGGAGAAGGAGGAGGAGGCCGGCUGCAAGGGACGCCGCGGCCGCAAGAAGCGCGCUGCCAAGGGCAAGGCCGGCAAGGGCAAGGAGCUCGCCGUGGAGCCCCCCACGCCGCCGUCACCGGCCGUUCUCCCUGUUCCGCAAGAGCCCGCGAAGGUGGAGGGCGGCGCCGAGGAUGUCGAGGCUGAGGAAGAGGUGGCGAAGGAGGAAUCUAGUGCUACCACAUUCGCCGUCGGCGAGGACGAUUGCGGCGGCGGCCGCGGCGGCGAGGAGGAGAAGCGGCGGCGCGGGUGGGGCGCCGUGCUCAGCUGGAGGGGGUGGGGCCUGUGGGGGUCCCACUAGUCGGUGAGACGACCCGCUGAUUCCUUUCCUGCUCAUCUAGGUUUGCUUGUACUUUUAGUUGUUGGGGUUUUGAUGCCUUUUUCCCGGUACUGGAGGGUUUAGCAGAUGCAGGUGGAUUAAGGGAUGCUUAAUACUCGCUUAGCCACUAAAUGAGCCUUUGACACUCUCGUAUACCAGUACCAUAAUAAUAACGAUUUUCAUGUGGUGUUUAUCAAUCAAAUUAGUCUUGGUGUACAUAUGCAGCUUGUGGAAUUGGCAAUGUGUGGUUGGGUUGGUGUUGGUGUAAUGUAAAUGUAGUGCCCUGCAUGUGUAAAUUAUUUGAAUACCUAGGACUUACAAUGUCUGCAAAUGAUUUGAAUAACCUAGGGCUUUGACUUCCAA